CUUUUGGCUGCUGUCUCCUGUCCGCAUAAAAAAGACUCCCUUUGGUCCUAACACUCGGGCGCAAAAAUGGCUCAGGCAAUGAGAUUUUUUGAGCUCAACACUGGGGCUAAGAUUCCCUCAGUUGGUCUAGGAACAUGGCAGGCUGCUCCUGGCGUCGUUGGCGAUGCCGUCGCCACUGCUAUUAAGCUUGGGUACAGGCAUAUUGAUUGUGCUCAAGUCUACGGCAACGAGAAAGAGAUUGGUUCUGUUCUGAAGAAGCUGUUUGAAGAUGGUGUGGUGAAGCGUGAAGAUCUUUGGAUCACCUCCAAACUCUGGAACACUAAUCAUGCACUGGAAGAUGUACAAGAGGCAAUGGAUUCUACCUUGCAAGACUUACAUCUGAACUAUCUAGAUCUCUAUCUAAUUCAUUGGCCCGUCAGCAUGAAAAAGGGAGCAGUCGGCUUUAAUCGUGAGGACCUAACCCAACCUGACAUACCAGUUACGUGGAGAGCGAUGGAGGCACUCUAUGAUUCUGGCAAGGCUCGAGCCAUUGGAGUAAGCAAUUUCUCUACGAAGAAGCUCGGAGAUCUGCUGGAGGUGGCUCGCGUUCCUCCUGCUGUAGUCCAAGUGGAAUGCCAUCCCGUGUGGCAGCAGCCUAAGCUCCAUGCAUUAUGUAAAUCUAAGGGAAUUCAUUUAACUGGGUUUUCACCAUUGGGUUCCCCAGGCACAGGAAUCGUCAAGAUUGAGGUCCUGAAGGACCCAGUUCUGAAUAUGGUUGCAGAGAAACUGGGCAAGUCUCCUGCUCAGAUUGCUCUCCGUUGGGGGCUGCAAAUGGGUCACAGUGUUUUGCCCAAGAGUACAAAUGAAGUGAGGAUCAGACAAAAUUUCGAUGUUUUUGAUUUCUCCAUACCAGAAGACCUGUUUGUCAAGUUUUCUGAGAUUGAGCAGGAGAGGCUGAUCAAAGCCACUGUAUUCGCACACGAAACAUUCGGUGCAUAUAGGACCGUUGAAGAACUAUGGGACGGUGAGAUCUGAAGAAAAUGCCAAGCAGAUUCCCGCUGCUGGCCUGCUUAACUACACUAGUACUACAAUAAGUGAAGAAGCUACUUGCAGUAUGUGAUCUUGGUUGUAGUUUCUCUUGGUUCCAAGCAACAGCUCCAUGGCAUUUCCCAAUGUAGCAAUGUUAUUUACUCAUCAAAAUUGAAUGUAAAACACUGUGUUCCAGGCCAAAACAUGAGUCAAAGAGCUGUAGAAAAAGGGUGCUUAAUUUUCUUACCAAAACUUGGAUGAUUGGGUCA